GACAACAAAUGGAGUAUAUUUUUGUCCGAUCUAAGCCAUAUUCAAAUUCGUCUUGAAAAAAAUAGAAAUUUAUCUCUCCUUGAAAAAAAAUCACCCCCAAUUGUUUGGAAGCUCCGGGCAGCAAUGGCGGUUGACUCAGGCACUGUUUCGAAUUUGAGCGUUGCUAGAAAGAAGGAGAGAGUGAAAAGCCCUCUGAAGAAGAAUGGAAGCCAGCCCGAGGAGAAUGCUGUUCCUUCUUCUCCGGCGAAACGGAAUAAUUCCCCCCGAAUCCGAAUCGUCGGCGGCCGGAUUUAUGAUUCCGUCAACGGAAAAUCUUGUCAUCAGUGUCGCCAAAAAACCAGGGAUUUUGUGGCAGCGUGCAAGAAUCAGAGGAAUAACAAGCCAUGCGCCAUCAUGUAUUGUCACAAGUGCCUCUUGAACAGAUAUGGAGAGGAAGCAAUGGAAGUAGAUGUUGCAGAGGAAUGGAGUUGUCCGAAGUGCAGAGGCAUUUGUAACUGCAGCAUUUGCAUGAAGAAAAGAGGUCAUCAGCCAACUGGCAUGCUUAUUACUACAGCAAAGGCAACUGGAUUUUCAUCUGUUUCGGAGAUGCUGAUUAAAGGAGCUGAGAAUUUGAAUAAUGAAAAAGUUAUUACAGACAAGAAUGCUUCGCCGAAAAAGGAAGUUGUCCCUUCGCCCAGAAAACGGGGGAAGGAAAACUCUAUUGAUGAAAAAGUAGAUUUAAAUGUGCCAAAUCAUGUUAACAAGAAGUUGAAGAAAGUUAAGGAGAAGAAGGUGCACAAGGGCAAUUUAGAUAAUAACGCCUCUCCGAAGAUAAUUAGUCAAACCCCUGAUAAAAGAAAACUGAAGCUUGAAGAAACUGGUUCACAAGUCCCCGAGAAGAAGCCGAAAAAAUCUAAGGAUGAUGUAAAAGAUGAUGUCAGCAAAUUAGCAAGGAGAACGAGUCCUAGAAAGUCGAAUGUUUCCAAUAAAAUGCCCAACCAAGGGACCAAAAAAGUCGAUAAUGGAGUUGAUCCAAAUGAAAAUAAGAAGGAUAUCGUCGUUCUUACCAAAGACGAUUUUGUACUAGCCUUAGAAAACGGUAACAGAAAACAGGACAAAAGAAACACGACAAAUGAUAAUGCAGAUAUUCAAGCCGAGAUUCCAUUGCCUAUGGGAAUAGAGUUGGACAAGGUGGCCGGAGUUGAUGUAAGAACUGAAGACAUAGGCAACGCCAUGCAGUUUUUAGAGUUCUGUUCUGUUUUUGGAAAGAUCCUCGAUGUGAAAAAGGGGCAACCAGAGCUUGUUCUUAAAGACUUGUUGCAUGGGCGAACUGGACGCAGAGGAAAAUUUUCUCUGACUGUUCAAUUUCAUAUCCACCUCCUGUCUAUUUUGAAGGAAGAACAAGGAGAAGAAAGUACAACACUAAGUCCAUCGAAUGGAAAAAGCUCAUGGUUUCGUGCUUUUAAGGAAUGUUUGUCUGAAUCUAAAAGCGUUCUUAAGGCACAAGGACUAGACUCUUUGGAUACGGCAGCUGAUUACGAGAGUUUAGACGCUUCGGAAAAGCUUAGGCUUUUAAACAUUCUGUGUGACGAAAUUCUUGAAACUGAAAAGGUGAGGAAUUGGAUGGACGACCAAAACACGGAACUUGCUGAAAAGAUCAAGGAAGCUAAACGAGAAGUUCUUGCUGCAAAAGACAAGGAGAAGAGUUUGAAGCAGAAAAUGAAAGAUGAUAUCACCAAAGCAAUGAUCUCUGGGCAUGGUGCUCUUACGAUUUCCGAGCAUGAAGCGAUUAUCUCCCGUAUUAAACGUGAGGCAGCUCAAGCACAUACUGAGAUGCUCGAGUCACAGGGCAUCUUUCUCAAAAGUAAUCGAACUUCAGACGCCACAAGAAUAGAGCCUAUCUUCGUGGGGCGUGGUGGUCACGUAUAUUGGAAAUUAAAUGGUUCUUGCAAAACCGACGUACUUCAUCAACUAAUAGAUACUGGAAAAGAGGAUGCUCCUAAACUAGGUGAGAAAUGGUUUGCACUCGAUAACGAAGGAAAAGAAGCCAUCGAGAAACACAUUUGUUCUUUGAGGUAAACACUUUCCGAUGAGAUUUCAAUUCUGCAGAAUGUUUGAGUACGUUGGU